GGCCCCGCCCUUCCCAGGCGGCCUUGGAACCCAGGCAAGACGGUGCGGGCCUGAGAUUCGGCCCUGCGAGCUCGCCGGCGCUUGUGCUCCCUCUCUUCUGUCACCUGUUUGCCCCCGCCGACGAGCACGGGGCCUGGUUCUCCACGCGUGGGCAAGGCCGUGGGGCACCAUGAGGAGAGCAGCAUUGCGGUUUUGUACUGUGAGCAAGGGACUGUUCAAUCCUGGCAGAGGACUGGCUCAAGGAUCCCAGGGCUCCAAGAAACAAGGAGUCUUACAAAUGCAUGAAGCAUGUUCAUCUAUACAUGUGAAUCAUGUCCGGGAAAAGUUGCGGGAGAUAGUAGGAGCAUCCACAAACUGGAGAGACCAUGUGAAAGCAAUGGAGGAAAGAAAGUUGCUUCAUAGUUUUUUGGCUAUGUCACAGAAAGCCCUACCACCUAGGAAAAUGAAGGACAGUUACAUUGAAGUUCUCUUGCCUUUGGGUAGCGAGCCUGAAUUAAGAGAGAAAUAUUUGACUGUUCAAAACACAGUAAGAUUUGGCAGGAUUCUUGAAGAUCUUGACAGCUUAGGAGUUCUUGUUUGCUAUAUGCACACCAGAAAUCCUUCUGUCAAGAUGUCUCCUUUAUCAAUAGUUACAGCCCUGGUGGACAAGAUUGAUAUGUGUAAACGGAGCUUAAGCCCAGAGCAGGAUAUUAAGCUCACUGGCCAUGUUAGCUGGGUUGGGAUGACAUCCAUGGAAGUGAAGAUGAAAAUGUACCAGUUACACGGUGAUGAAUUUUGCCCUGUUUUGGAUGCAACAUUUGUAAUGGUGGCUCGGGAUUCUGAAAAUAAAGGGCCGGCAUUUGUAAAUCCACUCAUCCCUGAAAACCCGGAGGAGGAGGCGCUCAUUAGACAAGGAGAAUUGAACAAGGGGAGAAGGAUUGCCUUCAGCUCUGCUUCAUUACUGAAAAUGGCUCCCAAUGCUGAGGAGAGGAACACCAUACAUGACAUGUUUCUUAACACACUGGAUCCAAAGACUAUAAGUUUUCAGAGUCGAAUUUUGCCUCCUAAAGCUGUAUGGAUGGAGAGUACAAAACUGAAGAGCUUGGACAUUUGUCACCCUCAGGAGCGGAACAUUUUCAAUCGGAUCUUUGGUGGUUUUCUUAUGAGAAAAGCUUAUGAACUUGGAUGGGCUACUGCUUGUAGCUUUGGUGGGUCCCGGCCCUUUGUGGUAACAGUGGAUGAUAUCAUGUUCCAGAGACCUGUUGAAGUUGGCUCAUUGCUCUUCCUUUCCUCACAGGUGUGCUUCACUCAGAACAACUACAUUCAAGUCAGAGUGCAUAGUGAAGUGGCCUCUCUUGAGAGUCAUGAGCACAUGACCACCAAUGUCUUUCAUUUUACAUUCAUGUCGGAAAAAGAAGUACCCCUGGUUUUCCCCAGAACAUAUGGAGAGUCCAUGUUGUACUUAGAUGGGCAGCGACAUUUCAACUCCAUGACUAUCCCGGUGGUGACCUUAAAAAAGGACUAUCCCGUGGAAUCCUAGGAAAACAUCCUUAAAGCAAACCAGCAGUCCUCCCACAGUGACAUAGUGCCUGAUAAAGGCAUGAUCGAAAGUAUUGGUUUUAGCAUUGCUUCUCACCCUCUGUAGAGGAGACUGGAUUCAGCUUUGAGAAUGAUCAGAAGAGCAGAAUGAGAGUGGCCUGAUGGGGUGAGGGGUGAAGGAGUUACUCAACAAUAAAUCCUUUAAAG